CAGACACCACAGGACACACACAGACACACAGGACACACAGACCACAGACACACAGACACACAGACACCACAGACACACAGACACCACGGACACACGGACACACGGACACCACGGACACACAGACACCACAGACACACGGACACACAGACACACAGAAGGAUGAAAUGCGCGCACCUGAGCAGGUGGGUGGCGGUCGGGCUGGUGUUGUGCGCCGUGUGGAAAUCUUCCAUCGUCCAGGGCGCGCGAGAUUUCAAGAAAAAAGUGUCCAUGCUUCUGAGAGAGGAGCCACAAAACCCAAAGUGCUUCGCUGAAGGCCGGAAGGACUUCACCUGCUUCUGGGAGGAAGACGAGGAGCGGGCCGGCUCCGUGGACCAGUACUCGUUCACGUACACCUACCAGAAUGAAAACAGCGUCCGGUGUCCGCUGACGGCACUUCCUGCCGCCGGCGGGAAGAGGCUGUUCGUCUGCCGUCUGAACCGGACGCAGAUGUUUGUCCAAAUGGACAUAAAGGUCCAUCGACUGGGAAAACUGAUCCACAACCGCAGCCUUCUCGUCGAGCUCGCCUUUCUCCUGGACCCCCCCGCCAACGUGACGGUGAGCCGUACGGGUCAGCGAGACCAGCUCAACGUCAGCUGGGUGCCCCCCCCCCUCAAGUACAUGGACGACAGCAUGAUGUACGAAGUCAGCUACACGGCGGACGACGACAGCCUCGUGGAGCAGGUGGAGGUGGUCCGAGCCAGCUCCGAGUGGAUCCUGAGAGGUCUGCAGCCGGACAGAAAGUACCGGGUGCGAGUCCGGGUGAAGCUGGACGGGAUCAGCUACAACGGCUACUGGAGUGCCUGGAGCGACCCGGUGACCAUGGAAACACCGCCUGCAGAGCUCGACACCCUCAUCAUGUUCCUGACUCUCAUCAUCUCCUUCAUCCUCAUCUUGCUCUCUCUCAGCAUGCUGUUGUCCCACCGCAGGUUUGUCAUAAAGAAGGUUUGGCCGACUAUUCCCACUCCUGACAGCAAGUUUCAAGGCCUCUUCACCGUUUACGGUGGCGACUUUCAGGAGUGGUUAGGACAGACCAACGGGGGCGCAUGGUUGACUCCAGCUUUCUUCUACUCAGAGGAACGCCCUUCUUCUCUGGAAGUCCUGUCCGAGCUCAGCCCUCGUCCGCCUCUGCCCCCCAAAACCUCCAGACCUCUGACGACCGGCAGACCCGAGGACGGGGACACGAAGACGCCGUCGGACGACAGGGAGCCGUUUGAAAGUGGCGAUUCCGCUCUGACGGAGCGAUGGAGAGCCGCUCCACACGACUCCUGGCUGAUGGACCGCUUACGGGCCCUGCAGCAGAACCCCGCGCCCUGCUCCCAGUCCUCUCUGCUGGAGUCUCAAGACGCCUACGUCACGCUCAGCGCCAACAACCACAGCGGAGACCAGCACCUGGGUGAGGUUCUCGAGGAAGCCUUACCCCUUCAGGCGCUCUUUGCCUCCAGGAAAACAGCGCUGUGUGAAUCUCACUCGGACCUGGGGUCCGUGCAGCAGAGCAGCGGCUCGGGUCGCCUCUCGUCGCAGUCCAGCUUUGAGUACCCGGGCCAGGUCUGGAUGCCCAAAGGCCCCGGGUACACCUACAUGGCGGUGGCCGACUCGGGAGUCUCUAUGGAUUACAGCCCCAUGAGCAGAGCGGGCGACUUUGGGAAACUGGUCAUCUACGCCAAUGAGUACAAGAACGAGAUCCCAGAUCACAGAAGAGCCUUCUUGUCGAGGCAGAUCCACGACGUCUGAGACGGAGCGAAGCCGGACGGGCUCGGCGCAUUCUCACGAACAAUGAAUCAAACGUUACACACAACUCGUAGGAUAUCCUACGAAAUGAGGCGACCGCCGGCUACAGAGCUCCGUGACCUGUGGGUCGUAUCGGCGGCCGUUACAGUUGAGUUAAGCCGACAAAACGGACUCAUCUCAUGAGACAGCGUAUGUAAGACACGCCGAUCCAAACGCCAUUAUUGGCGUGUUAUCAAGACAUAUACUCGCUUUUUAGCGUGUUUAUCAACACCAUUUGGCCCCCAUUGACUUACGUUACCUUGCGAUUGCGUGUGAAUUUACAUACAUACAUACAUACAGGCAUACAUAUAUACAUAUAUACAUACCAUACAGUAUAUACAGCACAUACUAGACAUACAGGCAUACAUACAUACAUACAUACAUAUGUACAUAUAUACAUGGCAUACAGUAUAUACAGCACAUACUAGACAUACAUACAUACAUACAUACAUACAUACAUACAUACAUACAUACAUACAUACAUAUAUAUAUAUACAUUCAUACAGGAGUAUAGCUCAAAAUGCCCCUUGGCUUAAGAAAGUGGGCGUGUAUGUUUACGCGACGUCAUGAUGUCACAUUGAUCAAAACGUGAACAUCAUGCGGUUUAAACUCUGCUCCUUGGCUUGAAAGUCCUGUAUUUUAUGACUCAAACCCCCCCCCCCCCCGUUGCAAAUUACAGUGCUUCUCUUUUUAAGAUUAUUUUUUGGGCUCCUCCGCCUUUAAUGUUGGACAGGGGUGAGGGGGUGACAUGCUGGAAAUGGUCACAGGUCGGACUCGAACCCUGGACCUCAUAAACCUCUCAGUACAUGUGCACCCGCUCUACCACUGAACCAACCCGGCCACAGCGCGUCCCAUCUCGUAGCGAUAUGAAGGGAUUGUUCAUGAGCCGUGGACUGAGCCUUUUCGGGGGUUUUCGGAUAUUCACCCAAAGCUACGAAGAACUGGUACCAAGGAUUUGGGAGCAGACUGAUACCAAAGUGUAAGAUAACGGGCUCGUGAAGACGAGUCCACUUGAUGUACAAACAUCAUUCUUACUUUAUC